AAAAUCGAUUCCAGUUUGAUUUCACUUGUGCUAGUGGAAGGACGUGGACAAAGACAACGGAGGAAAAUAUGUUCGCAAAGCUAGUGACACUUACAACUGUUCCGUUGCUGAUAAUCGUAGCCUUGACAGACAUUCGAACCAUUGAAGCUGUGACGUGCACUUAUGAACUGUCCGAAACCAGUGUCUACUCAUGCAAUUUAAUCAACCAAACCAUUUUAACGGAACGUGAUAUGGACGCAGAGACGGGAACUCAUAUGCCCGGCUUUACUAACGAAAAUGUCACGUUAUUCAUAUCACUAACAUCGGUUAUCGAAAUAUUUCCCAGCACGCUCAUCAACCGAUUCGUUAAUCUCGACAGUGUGGCACUCUUCAGCGUCCGUAUGAAACAGUUCACUAGUCCGAUCGGUAACUGUGACCAUCUAAUCAACAUUGUGCUGAUGCUCAACCAAAUUACUUCCGUGCCGGGAAAUAUAUUCCAAAAUUGCCGCCAAUUGACAGACAUUUUUUUGGAUGUCAACACCAUUAGUCACAUAGACAUCGGAGCUUUUACGGGGCUGACACGACUAAGACGCUUGUCGUUGACAAAUAACCAAAUAAGUUACCUGGACCCAUUGGUGUUCCAGCCCAUACGAAAUUUGACAAUAUUGAAUUUGGACAGCAAUUUGAUCUGGGAAGUGCGUGCUGAGACAUUCGGGCUGUUGCCACUACUCACCAAUUUGACAUUAAAUGCCAACAGCAUUACGACAUGGACCUCAACAUUUCACAAUAGCAAUCAAGCGCUGCAGGAACUUCGAUUGGAUCGAAAUCAAAUCUCGUCGCUUAGCAGUGACACAUUUGCGAAUUUACCUCAACUCAAGACACUUCGCGUCGGCGAUUCGAUAGAAGAACUGCCAACAUUUAGUGGACUGAACUCACUGGAAGAACUUUGGCUGAACUACAACAAAUUGAAAGUGAUUUCGGCGGAUUCGUUCAAGAACUUAAAGAGCCUCAGGCUAUUGCAGCUCAGCUUCAACAACAUUGAGUCGGUUAAUUUUACCUUAACCCCUACGACAGCAGGAUCUCUUCCUAAUUUGACCAGCUUGAACCUUCUAUUCAACAGCAUUACCGAAAUUCCAGACGGUACAUUCACAUUGCUCACCAAUCUUCGGGACUUGAAUUUGUGUCGAAAUCGAAUCGAAUUCCUGAGCGCUGAGUCCAUUCGACCCAUCAUUCAGAUACGGACCUUAGAUGUGGCAUUCAAUCAAAUCGCGCGAAUUGAAAGAGAUUUAUUCGCUGGUGUUACGAAUCUGACGUUCCGGUCUCAGAGAAAUGUUUGUUUCGACGGUGACGUCAGUAUCGGAAGUAGCGACGACUUUGAAAAUGGUGUGGAUGCGUUACUAGAACCUUGCUUCAGUUUUGCCACGUCGUUGGUGGGAACGAAUGUUUUUCUGCUUGUGGGUGCACUGAUUUUUGCUAACAAGGUCGCCAGUUGGGACAGAAAUUUGUAAGAAAUAAUUGGGAAAAUUGGAGAGAAAUUCGAGCAACGUGCGACGGUUGUUUUUCUAUUAGUUUUAAGCCUGACAUUUCAUUGUACGUGUCUUUCGAUUAAAGUACAGCUUUAUCAAUAGAU